AUGUCGGCGGUUCCGAGCGGAGCACCAGAUCCUGGACCCACCGACGUUGUCCAUCCCGGGGAGAAGGCAGGGCCUACGGUCGGGAGCCGAGGGUCACUGCGUCCCGAUCAGCUGGGUGGCCUGGUGCAGUGUCUCCUGCACCGCUUCAAGAGAAGAACUGGCGGGCCAAACGGAGCCGGCGUCCCGGGCGGGCAGCGGAUUGUGGGAGGGUUCCUGGAGUGUGGCGGCGGCGGCUGCGGGGAGCUGCUGGCCGAGCCGGUCACCCUGCGCUGCGGGCACACCUGGUGUCGCCGCUGCCUGCGGAGGAGCCCGCGCUGCCCGGCCUGUGGGGAGGAGGCGGCGGCCGGCCCUCAGUCUCUGCGCCCCAAUGUCAUUCUGAGCCACCUGAUGGCGAAAUGGUUCCCGGCGGAGGUCAGCCGGGCCCGGGAUAAAAUCAAACUGGAGGAGCUGCUGUCACAGUGCCGCUUCCCAGAGGCACUGACCCUGCUCGAGCAACUGGAACUGAAACCCAGUGAUGUUGCCCUACAGAGCUACAGGGCUGAAUCGUAUGCUGGUCUUCAACAGUUCAAAGAAGCAAGGGAAGAUAUGGAAGCAGUGUGUUCAAGAAGGCCUGCUUGGCCAGAGGGAUAUUUUAGAAAAGCUAGAGUCCUCUAUACUAUGGGUCUGAUCGAUGAAGCCGUACAAUCAUUUCUUCAGUGUUUGGCUUUGGAUGAAGAUUUUACUCCAGCAAAAGUUGAAGUGGAAAAGAUUUUGUGUGAUUUAUUGUCACCGGGUCCUGAGAGUAUCAAAGAAGGAUUGCAGCACAUUAGAAAUAAAGAUUUGCCAGUUCACUCACACACCACUGUAGGCUGUUUUCGAAAGACAUCUAAUGCCUCAGAAUUCAUAAAUGAUGAGCAGAUAUCAAACAUGCCAAAAAACUCAGAGGGAGAAUUAGCAUAUCUGAGUUGGACUCGAUCUGUUCAGUUAUUGCGUAGGGUGGAGAACCUUGUUGGUUUGAAAAAGAUUUCUUCAGUCCCACUGCUUUCAUGCAAAGAAAAGGCAGUUCUACUGAAAAGAAAGUUGCCUUUUAGCGAUCAAGAAAUAAAGGAAACUGGCAAUGCAAAGAUUAAACACCAAAAGAGGGAUACUGAACAACUGUUCCAUGCACUACAUUUUGAGAGAACGUUAACUAAGGAUGUAGUAGAUGCAGGAGAUUUUGAGUGUUCUCUUUGUAUGAGAUUGUUCUUGGAGCCCAUCACGACACCUUGUGGACACACCUUCUGUAAAUGUUGUUUGGAACGAAGUUUAGACCACAGUCCACUAUGCCCACUUUGUAAAGACAGCCUAAAAGUAUAUCUUGAAAAUAGGAAAUAUGCUGUCACCUAUUUGUUGGAAGAAAUAAUUGCAAGGUAUCUUUCUGAAGAACUGUGUGAAAGGCAAAGGAUUCAUAAUGAAGAAACUGCAGAACUUUCAAAUUUGACCAAAAAUGUUCCCAUCUUUGUGUGCACUAUGGCGUACCCUACUGUGCCUUGUCCUCUUCAUAUUUUUGAGCCACGGUAUAGGCUUAUGAUUCGAAGAUGUAUUGAGACUGGUACAAAACAAUUUGGAAUGUGCACCAGUGACGCACAUAAUGGAUUUGCGGAUUAUGGCUGUGUGCUGCAUAUAAGAAACAUUCACUUCCUUCCUGAUGGGCGAUCUAUUGUUGAUACUGUUGGAGGAAAUUGUUUCAAGGUUUUGGAAAGAAGGCAGAGGGAUGGAUAUUACAUUGCCAAUAUCGAAUACUUGAAAGAUGUUAAGGUUAUAGGAGAGGAAUUGGAUGAACUUAUAGAUCUUCAUGAUAAGGUGUAUGCACAAGCUUGUAAAUGGUUUCAAAACUUGAAAAGUCGAUUCCACAGUCAAAUCCUUCAGCAUUUUGGUCCAAUUCCAGAGAGAGAAACCGAUUUACAGGGCCCCCCAAAUGGACCUGCUUGGUGUUGGUGGCUUCUUGCUGUUCUUCCUGUGGAUCCAAAAUAUCAGCUUUCUGUGUUGUCUAUGACAUCUUUGAUGAACCGCUUAAUCAAAAUUCAGAAGAUUUUGACAUACUUCUCGAAUGCAAGAGAUCAAUCCAAGUGACAAUCAGCCUGGACUUGCUUCAAGGAUCAUGAAAUCCUCUUUCUAAUCGGGGAUAGAUUAUUUGCUAUUUUUUUCAUUUGCAGUGCUGGUUUCAGUAAGUUGCAAGUAGCAGACAUAGUCUUGAAAGGAAUUGCAAAAUAUGCUGAUAACAGAAAGAAAACCUGACUGUAUUUAGGCUUUGUGAAAAGUUACAAAGAAGGCUUUGUGACAGACCAUCCUCUACUCCAUUUCUAUGAAAUUUUGAAUAAACAGAAAAUCAAUGAUUUUUGUACUAAGUUUUGAAGUUGUACUGAUUAUUUGAAUUAGCAGCAUUUGAUGCACAAUUCAGAGCAUUAUAGAUGUGUUCUUUCAGCAAUAUAAUAGAAAUUUGCAAACUUCGGUUCGAUUACCACAAAUAAUUUUGAGUUUGCCAUUACCUAUCCUGAAUUGGCAAACUUUUGCUGUGGUAUGGGUGCUGACAACCCUGUGACCCAUAGUUAAAAAUCACACAAAACCAGGUUAUAGUCCAACAGGUUUAUUUGGAAGCACUAACUUUCGGAGAGCUGCCCCUUCAGGUGGUUGUGGAGUGCUUCCAAAUAAACCUGGUGUUGUGAUUUUUAACUUUGUACACCCCAGUCCAACACCAGCGUCUCCAAAUCUGUGACCCAUAGUGAGAGAAACUGACAUGCAGCAAGUUAUUUGACUAUGGCUAAUCUGUGCAUCAUAUGUCCUCACUUACUGGCAAUAUACAUUCACUUCCCAGCAAUGGCAACUAGAUAGCAGACAAGCAGUUUUCACCUUCCUCAACACUUCACAAUUUUUUUAAUGGUCAAAACUGACCAACUCUACAUAAAAACAAUUAACAAAACUAGGACUUUCUUGUAUAUGUGGCAUAUUAUCACAUCAGACAUAUGUUGCAUAUCUAUCAGGCAAGAUUCUCCAAUUCUGUGAAAUGGCAUACCUGUCCUGUGCAUUAAUUAUAUAUCAUAAAAUUAUAAUCCUAAUAAGAGGCCAACCUUAAUACAACUGUUUUUAGACUUAAAUCUCAGCUCAGUUCCAGAUUACAUUUUGCUAAUCUGUUUGAGCAAUAAGUUAUGAAUAUGUAAGUCUGUUUUUGUUUGAAAAAGCAAAAAUCUCAACAUUUAGUGUUGUAAUGGUUUCUAUCUUUGUUCCAAUGACUUGUAUUUUCUUUGCGAUUAUGUGCUGGCAGUGUGUAAUUAUGCCAGGCAUUGCCUUUCUGAUCUGUAAAUUUGUACAAGGUUUAUACAAAUGUUCAGCUUUGAAUUGUAUUUAAUUUAUUUUUUUGAAUAAA